CCCUCUAUUUAACUCCUGCCCAGUUUAACCCCGCACCGUCCGAGCAGCUCUGCCUCCCUCACCAUCACACUUCCCCACUCAGUCGCAGCAUGCCUCCGUUUGACAGGAGCCAGCGGCAGAACCAGCCCUUCAAACUGAGGAAGAGCUUCGCUACGAGGAAACAAGAAGUGGCGGGGAUCAGGUCCAAGUUCCCCAACAAAAUCCCGGUCAUCAUUGAGCGGUACGGGAGGGAGAAGUAUCUGCCUCCGCUGGAUAAAACAAAGUUCCUGGUGCCGCACGAACUCACCAUGACCCAGUUCGUCACCAUCAUCAGGAACAGGAUGGCUCUGCUGCCCACUCAGGCUUUCUACCUGCUCAUCAACAACAGCGGGCUGCCCAGCAUGUCUCUCACCAUGGCUCAGGUCUACAAAGACCACCAGGACGAGGACGGCUUCCUCUAUAUGACCUACGCCUCACAAGAGACCUUCGGGGACAAACCGCUUCCUGCUUCAGAUUUUAUUCAGCGUUAACGGCCCCUGGCCUCCAUCUGCUGUAAAUAUAAAAUAUUUUAUAUAUAUAUUUGUUCAUGUUGACUAUGGAUUUUAAUAAAAGAAUGUGGAUCCAAUAAA